AUGCUGUCAACCACCACCAAAUCAGUUCGACCACGACUGCUCUCGACCACGCACCUCGCUGCUGUCCGCUUCUUUUCGCUUCCUGUUCCACUGCGCAAUUUCUCGCCGACUGCCAUCAAGAUGGACGCAAACGUGCAAGGAGAUGCGAGCAAGACGGCGAUCAUGACGCACAAUCAGUACAAGACCAGCGGUCUAGAGCGCGACGAGCUGUCCCCCAGCCCCAUUGUCCAGUUCAACAGCUGGUUCAAACACGCCGCCGAAAACGGCGUGCCGGAACCGGAAGCCAUGACCAUCUCCACGGUCGCUCUUCAGAACGGCGUCGCGCGGCCAUCGUCCCGCGUAGUGCUGCUCAAGCAGGUCGACUCACAAGGAUUUCUGUUCUUCUCCAACUACAGCUCGAGAAAAGGCCGCGAGCUCGAGGGAAAUCCGUACGCAUCGCUCGCGUUCUACUGGAAGGAGCUCUCACGCUCGGUGCGCGUGUGUGGCCGAGUCGAGAAGCUGAGCGCCCAAGAGUCCAAGCAGUACUACGACUCGCGCCCGCUCGGCAGCAGGAUCGGCGCGUGGGCCAGCCCACAGUCCUCCACCAUCGCCUCGAGACAGGAGCUGGAGGACAAGGUCAAAGCCGUCGAGGACAGGUUCGGCGUCCCCGGGGCUGCGGGCCUGAACGAGGCCAACAAGUGGCAGGGCGACGAGAAGGCCGUCGAUGUACCACUCCCCGACUUCUGGGGCGGCUACCGGAUCGUGCCGGACGAAGUCGAGUUCUGGUGUGGCAGGCCGAAUAGGCUUCAUGAUAGGUUCAGGUACACCAGGAGCAUCGAGAGCAAGACGGCGGCUACUGAUGAUACCUGGACCAUUGAUCGACUUGCUCCGUGA